GAGAUGGGUGAGGCUUGAACCUUCAAUGGAGUUGUAUAGGGGAGUUGGCUAUAUAAGAGUCGCACAUUCUCGUCCUAAUCCCUCAUUAUCAUCAGCAUCACUACAAUUUCUACAAUAUACUGUCUACUCGAACCUCUCCAUCUACAUCAAAAUGAAGCUCAUCGCUAUUGCCUCCCUCGUCGCCAUGGCUGCUGCCCUCCCCUCCAACCUGGAGACUCGCAGCACCGGCAUCAACCAAGACGCCGUCGAACUCAUCGGCAGCCUCGAAGGCUUCCGCUCCGACUUUUACACUAUCAACGGCCACAAGACCGUCGGCUACGGCCACGACUGCGUCGCCAAACAAGACUGCGGCAGCAUCAAGACUCCCCUCUCCAAGGCUGAAGGCCAGAAGCUCCUCAAGAAGGACUUGGCCGGAUAUGAAAGCUGCGUGUGCAAGCUCGACAACGCCAAGGAGCUCAACGCGAACCAGUACGGUGCGCUGGUCAGCUUUGCGUAUAACUCUGGCUGCGGCGGAGUUGAGAACUGGUGGCAUGGGGCGAUGAAGAAGAAGAACUUUGACGGGAUUUGCGAGGCUCUGCCUACGACUAAUACUUUGAAUGGGCUGUUGACUACACGGAGGAAGAAGGAGGGUGCUUUCUGUGCUAAGAAGACUACAGAGAAGUCUGGCUGUUAGAUGCAUAGAUGAGUGAUAGAUGAGUGGUCGAGUAGUUCUUCUUGUUUGUAUUAUUGUUUAUUGUGAUGUAGCAUCGCUACUUUUGAAUACAUUAUGUGUGAAUUCUGUCUACUCGCAGAUGAUUAAGCCUACUGCCUUCUAAUUCAUCGUACUAAGAUGUUUAAAAGAGAC